UUGCAUUUAAAAUUAACGAAAAAAGUUCAACUAUUUGAUUUUGAUUACAUUUUGUAAGGAGGCAAGAAGUAUAAUAGCCAUCGUAGUUUAAACAUUUUACGACGCCUAUUUAAACAUUUCAGUGGGGUUUUGUUCCACUCUAAAUUUUCGAUCAAUUAUCCAAGUUUACUCGCACCGCCUGCGUAGACAUCACUUGAUUGCUCUUAAGAUUAUAAUGCGCGAAUUUUCUGAGUAAAAUAGAGCUAGGAUCAAUAUACAAUACUUUAAUACCACAUAGAAGUUUUUAAGCAACAAAAUGGCAUCAUUAAAUGCAUCGGAACUCCUGGCAAAGAUUGAGGGAUUGACGCAGCGUGUGGUUGCUGCAGAGGAGGCAAAUGUCAGUCUCAUGGAGAACACUGACCAAUUCUUCCUCAUUACAAUGGGGAUAAUAUGUUAUCUGAUGCAAGGAGGAUUCGCUUUAUUUGAGGCAGGGUCUGUUAGGAGCAAGAACAUAACUAAUAUUCUCAUCAAGAAUCUCUUAGACAGUUUUGUAGGCUGCAUUGCUUACUGGCUGGUUGGGUACGCCUUGGCUUAUGGGAAAGGAAAUUUCUUCUGUGGAACUGAGUGGUGGGCUUUCUAUGGAAUGCCCUCCUCGAGAUACUCUCACUGGUGGUUCCAGUACGUGUUCGCGGCCACAGCAGCCACUAUUGUAUCUGGCUCCCUCGCUGAGCGAUGCGACUUUAGAGCAUACUUGAUCUAUAGUUUUGUUAUUACAGGAGUGGUGUACCCAAUAGUCUCCCAUUGGGCAUGGGACCCCAACGGAUGGCUACUCCAGGGAUUCAAUGCAACUGAUGAAAACGGUGAGGUGUUCAAAGCUGAAUAUUUUGACUUCGCUGGUAGUGGUGCUGUCCAUACACUGUCAGGAGUGGCGGCCCUGUGCGGCUCGGCGAUUCUUGGGCCUAGGAUAGGACGGUUUGAUGAAAAUGGUAAACCGGUGGAUAUUCGAGGACACUCAAUUCCAAUGAUAGCAUGUGGAGUCUUUAUACUCCUCUUCGGGUUCUUUGCCUUCAACGGUGGCUCGAACUUAGCUAUUUCUAAACCCGGUGAUGCGGACGUGGUUUCCAUAGCAGUACUCAAUACCAUAAAUGGCGGGUCGUUUGGCUGUAUGGUCGUGUUGAUUUCUACAAGGUUAUACACGGGGAAAUGGAGCCUUCUCUCAGCGAUAAAUGGAUGUCUAGCAGGAAUGGUUUCAGUGUGCAGCGGUUGCUGCUGUGUACGUAUGUGGUCAGGGGCAGUGAUGGGAGCUAUAGGCGGCUUUGUAUGCAUGUUCACUAGUUGGUUAAUGGUCAAGGUAAAGGUGGACGACCCGGUUGACGCAAUCGCAGUUCACGCUGGCGCAGGUAUAUGGGGACUCAUUGCCGCUCAGCUAUUUGAGGCGGAUGUCGGUGUAUUGUAUACAUUUAACAGACGGGCAUUUAUAAAACUAGCCUGGGGUCUAACAGGUCUUUGUGCCAUUAUCGCAUGGACGGUACUAUGCUGUGGCUCUAUGUUCGGUCUCCUCAGGGCGUUUGGAAUACUAAGAGUACCUAGAGAGAUAGAACUCAAAGGCCUAGACGUUAGCAAACAUAACGAGCCGGCGUACCCAGCGGCGUCUUAUGGAGAUGGGUGGGGAAGCAAGAAUCACAUGGAUAUUAUAGAAUCUCGACACGAAAAUGGAUCAAACGAUGAAUUGAUUGGUAUCGAUAACGUUGCCUUGGAUACAACUGCACGGGAGGAGACUACGACACAUCGACUAUAAAAUACAAAGGGCCAUUUAGAGAACGAGAAAGUCACGAUGAUGGUAUCUACUCCAACUUUUCCGAUGACCCCGUAGCCAUAGUUUUAAUAAAAUAAGGAUCUUCAAGAAAUUAUCGUUUCGCAUAUUUUUUAUCUAGAAAACAUAUAAAAUAUUAAAUGUAAAUGAAAAUGGUCCCAAGCUGUAAAAGGUGUCUAGGAUAAAUGCGACCUCACUGUUCAUUUUAAUGAAAUGACAUAUUGUGACACAAGAAUUGUACUUCAAAUUCUUGUGACCAAUCAUAAAUAUGGAUGGUCAGGUAUCCUGAGUUCAAAAUCAAAAUUAACGACAUUUUAUUGAUACGAACGAUCACUUUUAGCGCUAUUGUGUAGAGGUAUAUUAAAAUUGAUAAGGAUGGGUCCUUUUUGAAAAUGGAUUGGAAAGACUAUGCUGUUUUUAUGCUGAUAUGGAGUGACAGCAGCAUCAUUUUGUGAUAGAAUGUUUUCAUAAGAUGCAGUCAUAUAUAAAACUUGUCCU